AUGGGAAGAAUCGUCGGCGCGGCAACGGAGACGCCGAUACCAGCUCGAGACUCUUGUCCGGCGCCGCGCCCACGUGACCGCGAAAACGAGGCCCGGCCCUUGCACGGUUGGACGACGCUGCGGACGGCGCCGUCGUCCUCCGCCGCGCCGGGCGACAGAGCCAGCAGCGCGGCGCAACGGGACAGACGACCAGAGGGAGGAAGGAGGAGGCCGGCGGCCGGCGGCCGGCGGCCAGCGGGGAGGAUUCCCUUCCCGUGCGGUGGAUUGGAGGCGCGAGGGAUUCGGCGAUUUGGUGCGGAGACGCAGACGGGGGCGAUCACCGGUCAGGUCCCGAUCGCCGGCCCGGCCGCGCGGGGCCCGGGCUCGGCAGGAAUCCGCGGCGCGAUAAGAUGGGGCCCGGCCUUAUCCCCUGACCCACUCUGCUGGUGCCCCUGCCCCGGGCCCGGAGAGAGCGAAGCCCCGGCCCCCGGCCCGGGCGACGACGCGUCUCCUGCCGCCUGCCGCCUGUCGCCGUCGCGCUACAGCGGCGGCUCGUGGGCUCCUGGCACGCAUAAAGCGUCCCCUCGAGGGAAGGAUUAA